GGGCAGGACUAACUUGAUAUCGACAGGUAGAGGUGCCGGUGAAUAUUACAGUCGGUUGCAAACGGUUUUCCCCCCAUAAUUUAUCGCUUUAACCGCAAGGUAAGAGACCAUGCAACCGACUGUAUGAGAUUAGAGGAAUUUUACGGCUCACUUGAAUACACUCUUUUCCGAAAAUCAGGUCUUCUGGAAGACCAAAUUAGACGUUAUUUAAUCAACGUCACAACUAAUUAAGAAUUUGUUUAUUUGUUGCCAAUGCAAGAAGACUGAUGCAGUAGUCUGCGGAUCAUACUACGGGAUCAGAAGAAACUACGGAAUACAAGACAAUGGCUAUGCAUUUAUAUCAAGUUAGUAGUAUGCUUCUAGAAAGUACUGUCGACAAAAUGCGGGACAACUUGACAUCAGUGGUCCUUGCAGUGUCUGUGAUCACCCUAACGUUGGGAUAUUUUUCUAAAAUGGUGCUCAAACAGUCACAGACUUCUUCAGAUGGAAACAAGAAAUACCCACCAUACAUACCUUCUUACCUUCCAUUUCUGGGUCAUGCCAUAGCAUUUGGGAAAAGUCCCAUUGAAUUUCUGGAGAAUGCGUAUGAAAAGUAUGGGCCCGUUGUCAGCUUUACCAUGGUGGGCAAAACGUUUACCUACCUUUUGGGUAGUGAGGCAGCCACACUGAUGUUUAACAGCAAAAAUGAAGAUCUCAAUGCAGAGGAUGUCUACUCUAAACUGACCACACCAGUUUUUGGCAAAGGGGUUGCCUACGAUGUUCCUAACCAUAUCUUUCUGGAACAGAAGAAAAUCUUUAAGACAGGACUCAACAUAGCCCAUUUCAAACAGCACGUCAAAAUAAUCGAAGAUGAAACUAAGGAGUACUUUUCAAGAUGGGGAGACAGUGGGGUAGAAAACCUGUUUGAGGCCUUGUCAGAGCUGAUCAUCCUGACAGCCAGCGCCUGUUUGCAUGGGAAGGAGAUCCGGAGCAUGUUGGAUGAGAAGGUGGCCCAGCUCUACGCAGAUCUGGACGGAGGCUUCAGCCACGCGGCCUGGCUGCUUCCUGGCUGGCUGCCCUUGCCCAGCUUCAGGCGAAGGGACAGAGCACACAGGGAGAUAAAAAACAUCUUCUUCAAAGUCACCCAGAAACGCAGAAGCUCUGGAGAGAAAGUGGACGACAUGCUGCAGACUCUGAUAGAUGCCACCUACAAGGAUGGGCGGCCACUGAAUGAUGAUGAGAUAGCAGGUAUGCUGAUUGGUCUACUCCUGGCUGGACAACACACAUCCUCAACCACUAGUUCCUGGUUGGGCUUCUUCCUGGCUAAAGAUAAGGCCCUACAGGAUCGCUGCUAUGCUGAACAGAAAACCGCAUGUGGAGAAGACCUGCCCCCACUCAAUUUUGACCAGCUGAAGGACCUGAAUUUAUUGGACCGCUGUUUGAAAGAGACUCUCCGACUCCGCCCCCCCAUCAUGACCAUGAUGAGAAUGGCCCGCUCCCCUCAGACUGCAGCAGGCUACACAAUCCCAGCCGGCCACCAGGUGUGUGUGUCCCCAACAGUCAACCACCGUCUGCAGGACACCUGGACAGAGAGGAUGACGUUCAGACCUGACCGCUACCUCAACGAGAACCCUGCUGCAGGCGAGAAAUUUGCUUAUGUGCCCUUCGGAGCCGGCCGCCACCGCUGCAUCGGGGAGAACUUUGCCUACGUACAGAUCAAGACCAUCUGGUCGACCUUGCUGCGCCUCUACGAGUUCGACCUGGUCGAUGGUUACUUCCCCACGAUCAACUACACAACGAUGAUCCACACCCCGCACAACCCCGUCAUCAGAUACAAGAGGCGGCAACACUAAGAAACAACCAGAGCAAAACGCGCCAGGGAGUAUAGAUUGGAGAAUAGGCUCCCUGUUCUAGUGUACUAGGUACUGUAAGUACAGCCGGGCGAGGCCAUUUCAGAUGAUCCCCCAAAACCAGCCUUACUCACCUUAACCCUUCACACGGGGGAAUUGGCCUGUAUGAAUAUGGAACAACUGAUGAGGUUUUUCCAGAGGGAAUAUGAAAAGCAUGGGCAUAACCAUUGCAGAAAUGGACCGUAAACCAUUAGGGAAGGGUAAAAGUGAGCACAGUGGUUGACAUGAGACUACAUCCAGACGUGACUAUUGAUUCUGAUGUGCAUUUCCUUUUUUGUUGUGUAUCCGUAACAACCAUGAUAAGUGUAUUAGUGUGGGAAUGUUGGAAGGUCAGGGUUUGGCUUGACCCGUGUAGUGCCUAGAUGAUGGAAAGUGACUUCUCCAUUUUCUUUUGAUUGAUUAGACUAUUUGAAGCCUAAUUUUGCUGUAUAUAAAAAAUUGUAUUAUUUUAUUUGAAUUCCAAUAGGAAAAAACUCCUGUUCACUUUGUCUUCACACUGACAGUACAUUUCCUCCAUACCAGAUUCAGUAAAUGUUUUAGUUCAACGUUGAUUUGGUUCCUGUCAGAACUAAUUAAAUUUGUACCUGAACAAUUGUUAUUAAAUUUGUACCUGAAUUGA